AUGUCUGCACAACAAUCCCCUGGAAUUCAAACACUGUUAGAGGCCGAGACUGAGGCCGCGAAGAUCGUACAACAAGCCCGUCAAUAUCGCAUUCAGAAACUCAAGGAUGCUCGUACUGAGGCCUCGAAAGAGAUAGAAGAGUACAAGAAGACGAAGGAAUCCGAAUUCAAAGCAUUUGAAGCAUCGCGUGCUGGGACAACUUCAAAUGCUCAAGCUGCUAUCGACAAGGAGACUGAAGUGAGGCUGGAAGAUAUUGCGGAGUCUUAUACCAAGAACAGGGACAAUGUGGUGAAGAAGUUGCUGGACAGAGUUGUACUUGUCAAACCAGAACUACACCGCAAUCUGAAGAAAGUGGAAGGUUAG